CGGUACAAAGGGUAAAACUCGACAAAACGGUACAUAGGGUAAACUCGACAAAAUGGAACUAAACCGUAAUAAAAUUAGGUAUUUUUUAAGUAUAAUCUCAAACUGGCGGAUGACUUCAACAUUAAAAGAACACUUGGAAGACUCUUCUUCCCCUCCAUUAUUUCAAUUUGACGGGGACGACGGUUCAACCGACAAAUUUUGCAAAAUAAAAAAUGAAGGGUAUUUAUUUGUUGAUUUAACAACAAAAAAAUGUUUGCCGGAUAAUUUAAAUAUUAAAAAUCAACGAGGGAAUAGUAAAAAUAAAUUAUUUUUAUUAUCUUUUAUUCACAAUAUUUUUGAAUUUUUUUAUUUUCAAUUUCCUUCAAUUAAAUAUUUUUUGUUAACUGACCUUUUUCCUUAUUAUGCUGCCUAUUUUUUUAUUUAAAUACUAUUUGAAUUUUUGUUUUUUGUUGAAUAAAAAAUUUUUUGAAAUUUUUUUAAACCUAAAUUACCGAGAAGUUGCG